CUUCUUCUUCUUCAACCUCUCACAAAAAACCCUAAUUUCAGAAACCUCACAGAGUUCUCUGGUUUUGAUUUUUAGCUAAUUGUAUUAGCAAUGGCGAUGGCAACAUCGAUGAGUUUGAAUCUGAUUGGUGCUUUUAAAGGCUUAUCUCUCUCUUCAACCUCGACGUUUCUCAGAGGCGAUUUGAAUUUAUGCCCUAAGACCACCUUCACUGUGACUCUCCCUAUGCAAAACCUCCAAGCUCCGAUUCCAUUGACGAUUGAGUCUGCGCAUAAGAAAGGAGCUGGUAGUACUAAGAACGGUCGUGAUUCUCCUGGUCAAAGACUUGGUGUCAAAAUCUAUGGUGACCAAGUCGCUAAACCUGGCGCCAUCAUUGUUCGUCAACGUGGCACCAAGUUUCAUGCUGGUAAAAACGUUGGGAUUGGUAAAGAUCAUACCAUCUUCUCUCUAAUCGAUGGCUUAGUGAAGUUCGAGAAGUUUGGUCCUGACAGGAAGAAGAUAAGUGUGUACCCAAGAGAAAUCGUGCCAGAGAAUCCCAACAGCUACAGAGCAAGAAAGAGAGAGAAUUUCAGAUUGCAAAGGGAGAAGAAGAAGGCAAGACGCGAGAACUACACUUACACAAUCCCUACACCUGAACUUGUUCUUGCAUCUGCAUCAAUCGAGGAUGCUGAAGCCAAUCCGGAGUGUUAGAAAACGAAUGUGAAGAUUUCCUUUGUCUCUUUUUGUUUAGUUCAUGAAAAUAUUCCUUUUGCUAACUCACAAGAAGCUUGGUUUCAGAGUUUAAAGAGUUGUUGUAUGUGUCUAAUCUAAAGCCUCUCUUUUGUCAAGUUGAGUCCAAGCCUGCGGAUUUUACCCAA